AAAGAGUUAAUUUUAAUGUCAUGUAUGUCAUUUAUAUGUCAUUUACAAUAUUAAGCCGCAACCAGAUAAGUUAUGAAGUUACAUUAAUCUAAAUUGGUAAAACUGAUGAAAAAUUCAAGAAAAAGAGAAGAAUUUUGACGUGUGGAUAUGACAUUUAUACUAUAAUUUAAGAAGUAAUUUCAAUAAUAACAAAAAACGUAGUGGUGAAAAGUUUACGUUUUAAAUAAGUGAAUUUUGAAAGUAAUGCUCCAAGUGUGAUUCUAAAUAAAAGUACAAAGGACUUCUAAAAGUACAACAAUGUCUUACCAACCAGGGCGAGUAAGGGGUAGAGGUAGAUAUUUAAAUUCUCGAAUUUCUAGAGGAAGUGAUCGCCGUCAAAACAUGAGGUAUUCUGCGUCUAACACCCCUAGUGUUUCUAACGCUAACAUAUCCUAUCACGACAAUAACUGCUGCUCAGAUAUUAGUUUUUCCCUAGACCUCGAUGAAAAAGGGGUAGCAUUUUUUGCAGAAUUAAAAAACAUGUGGAACAUGUUAAAGAAAAGUCCUCCAGUUGUAAGUAGGCUACAAAAAUAUUUUAGCAGCUUGGAGAACCCCUACAUAGAAGUUUUAAGAUUAAUUUGUAAUUGCCAGGAAUUUCAUAAUGCCAAAAACAAAUCUUUGCCAAUGUUUAUUAUUGAGGAGUUCAAAAUUUGGAGUACAAUGAAUAGGGCUAAUAUUAUACACCUUUUGGUUCCUCAAAUUAAAAUUGAUGCAUUUAAAGUAUCUCUAAGGCAGAAUACCCAAAUUUUGAUCAAAAUUAUUAUUGACGUGUUUGAAAUGAGACAAGAGGAAGAAUUAUUUCUCGGUAUAAUUAGGUGUCUGAUUGAUAAAAAGCAGUUCAAAGAGGCUUGCCAGUAUGCAACUUUACUGAAUCUACAGAAUCACUUUUCCAUCCACGAGUUUUUGAUACCAUUGGUAUUACAAGAUAAACUUUUUGGAGUUGAUGAAUUUUUGAAAAAUAACCCAAAGCACCAGGCAGAACUGGUUGUCUGGAUGGACAGCAUAUUGGGCAAUCCAUCUGUGAGAGAUGCAUUGGGAGAGUAUGUUAAUAAUUUGGGUAUUUCUGAUUUAAAAUAUGACAAGAUGCAUGCAAAACCGUGGAAAAAAUUAAUAGCCAGAUUGAUCAAGAUGUUUAAAUUGGCGCCUGAUUUAACUCCAAAUUUGAAUAGAAGAAGAAAUGAAGGUGCUCUUAAUUUUCUGUUACAUAAACGGUUCAUUGAUAAUACUUUUGGUGAUGAAAGCUGGAAAGAAAUGGUACAAGAAGCAGUCGGAGAUGAUCUAGAAUUAAGAAAAGAAUUAGUAUAUCAGAUUGCUCAAUACGGAGAUUUUUCAGAAGCCCUAAGAUGGGCCCACUUUUAUAAUUUAGAUAAGAAAGAUUGGCCCUAUAACGUUAGAAUGUUUGAUGAGAAUCCGGAUAGAAACAGGGCACAACAGCAAGUUUGCCAACAGGAAUAUAUAAGUUGGGAUGACGAUGUUAUAGAACAACCAAUUGAUGUUAAUGAAUAUCAUAAAUUGGUACUACCAAGGAAUGCCAUCUGUCUAAUAGAUGAUCAAUCGGCAUUUGAAAAUUUCUUAGAUUCUGCAAUGCAGAAUGUGGACAUAAUUGGUAUUGACUGUGAAUGGAAACCGAGUUUCGGUGGACAACUAAACGAAUUGGCUCUGAUGCAAAUAGCAACAAGAAAAAAUGUGUUCAUAUUAGAUAUUAUCAACAUCGGUAACAAAUGCCCGCAUUUGUGGCAAGAGCUCGGGCAGUUCAUUUUCAACAAUUGUGAUAUUUUAAAAGUAGGUUUUAGUUUUACUGGUGAUAUUCAUAUGAUAAGAAAUGCACUACCUUACCUUAGCUUUUCUACAAAGCAAUUAGGUGUUUUUGACCUGUGUUCACUCUGGAAACAUUUGGAAAAGUUUCCAGAGGUUAAACUACCUUUCGAAGUACAAAAAGGAGGUCCCAGCCUUAGCACUCUAGUCCAGCAUUGUCUCGGUUUACCAUUGGACAAAUCAGAACAAUUUUCAAAUUGGGAAAAAAGACCAUUACGUGAAAGUCAGAUAAUGUAUGCCGCUCUAGACGCUUAUUGUUUGAUCCAAUGCUACGAUGUUAUACGUAAAUGUUGCGAAAAAGUUAAUUUUCCCUUCGAGGAAACUUGCUAUAAUCUAAUGACAAAUGAGAAACUUACCAGAAAACAUAAUAAAAGGAUGGGGAAUAAAAAGAAAUCAGUAUCGAGUCCAAAAGAAGAAGUAGUUCAAUCGCCUAGUCCGCAUCAAGAACCGGUUCACGCCGAAAAAGUCAGAGUCGUCUGUGAUACUAUGCUUCAAGGUCUCGGUAAAAAGUUACGAAGCUGCGGCAUCGAUACCGCCAUUUUGGAGAAUAAUCAAGAUCACAUGGUAUGCGUUAAAUACGCCAUCGACGAUCGUAGAUAUAUCUUGACGAAAGGGUACGAAAUUUACAAAAUGUUGAACGGCUACGUCCCACAAGGACAUUGCUUGAGAAUAAUUAGUGAUAAUGUGGAAGAACAAAUUAAAGAAGUAAUCGAUUAUUACAAAGUAGUUGUUACGAAAAAUCACAUAUUCAGUAGGUGUCAGAACUGUAAUGGUAAUAACUUCGUUAAAAUAUCGAAAUCUACCAUGAACACUUUAGCCCGAGUAGUAAAUAAUUGUCCUCCUCCUGCUUGUUUAUAUGAAGACGAAGCUACAGGAUUCUCUAGCGAUGAUGAUUACUGUGAGGAUUCUAUUCAAUCAUCGAAUGUCUCAUAUAACAGAAAAUGGGAUUUGUAUUCUGAUGAAAAGAUCGACGUUGGACUUUGUCGAACUCGUUUGGGUGCCAAAAUCCAAAUAGAGACAGUUCCAAAACCUCUUUUAGAGAAGUACGAUUUCUUUUACGUUUGCGAAGAAUGCGGUAAAGUGUAUUGGGAUGGAUCGCAUUUCGAAAGGGUUGUAGCUGGAAGACUGCAAGGAAUUGUGCAAUAAUAAUCUAAUUUUUUGAAUAUAUUUAUUUUUAUUUGUUGGUAACAGCAUAUUUUUAUUAUGGUUUUGAAUUAUAGACUUCAUUCAAUAAACAGUUAAUCUUUAA